AUGCAAAUCACAAUCGAAUCGGCUGAUAAUGAUAAAUUAAAAGAAUGGGGAUUAUUAGAAUUUCAAGGUUCAUUUUUAACAAGAGAUGAUGAACCAUUAUAUAAUCAAUUUAUUGGAGAUUUAAAUUAUAAUAAAGAUGGAACUCCUUUUUUUAUUGUCGGCCAUCACAUUUUAUAUGGGGAAGAAGUGAAAUUACAAAAACCUUUUGCUGUUAUACAAAAACAAAUUGAUUCGGAAACAAAAAUAACAUCAUAUUUAGUUCAAGCAGUUAUUAGAAAGAAAAUACUUUUUAAAACUAGACCUAAACCCAUUAUUUGUAAUCAGGUAAAUAAAAACAACAGUUGA